GGGAAAACGUGCCACCAUCUCCAAGAGGAAAAAAGUAGAAGGGCAACGCUGACAGCACUGAAGUAAACUGCCACUGCUCCAGACAUAACGGAUCCAUAAGUUUGUGGACUUAGCGCGGGCCACAGCCUGAGCCUGAGCGCGAUAAUUCAAGGAACAGAGGGGUCAUACAGCCAGGGACUCACUGGAAUUCCUCUUUAUCAUCUGCAUCAACUAUUGGGCACACACAACAAAAAGGUGUGUCUGAUGUGAUGCCAGCGGGCUGGCUCAAGGAACUCACCUUGAGUACAAUGUAGACACCAAAAAUAAUUAGACAGAAAAGUCUAAGGACCAGCGAGUUAAAGGAGCAGUCCAUCUCCACAAGAGGAGAAGAAAGAGUCUGAAUAAUUCUUUCAGUGUUGAUCACACACCUUUCUCCUGCUACUGAGUCUGAAAGCUGCACCAGACGCCCAUCAUCAUCAUGUGCCAUGUCAUUGUCACCUGCCGCUCCAUGUUGUGGACUCUGCUCAGUAUUGUGGCUGCGUUUGGGGAGCUCAUUGCCUUCAUGAGCACAGACUGGUUGGUUGGAUAUCCACGCACUCCAGAUGCAGUCUUUGGCCCCCAUGGGGCUACCACUGCAGGAGAGGCAUACAGGCCCACACUUGGAAUCUAUGGCCGCUGUAUCAAACUGCCUCACCUGCAGAGGGGCAUCCUUUGUGGACCAUAUGCUGUACACUUUGGGGAGAUAGCCAGCGGGUUCUGGCAAGCUACAUCAAUUUUCCUGGCAGCAGGAAUCCUGCUCUUAUGUGCAGUGGCAUUCAUCUCUGUUUUCACUAUGUGCUUCCAAAGCAUCAUGAAGAAGAGCAUCUUCAACGUCUGUGGACUUCUGCAAGGGAUAGCAGGAUUGUUUCUCAUCCUUGGACUCAUGCUGUACCCUGCUGGAUGGGGUUCAGAUAAAGUUCAGCUGUACUGUGGUCCUGAUGCUGCUCCAUAUCGGGCUGGGCUCUGCUCCAUGGGCUGGGCCUUCUACACUGCUAUGGGGGGCACCGUGCUCACCUUCGUCUGCGCUGUGUUCUCCGCUCAAGCCGAGAUUGCCACGUCCAGCGAUAAAGUCCAGGAGGAGAUUGAGGAGGGCAAGAGCCUCAUCUGCCUCCUCUAGGCACUUUGAUACAACACUUGCCCUUGUGCUUUGUUCCCAUGAGGCCACUGUGUUGUUUACCACUAAGACUGAUUCUAUGUGUGGGAAAAUACUUCCAAUUAUAUUUUCCAUUGUCUUUCUGCCACUAGAGGUGCAGCAUCCUUCUGCCUGUCUUGUCUUUUGUCAUGCUCUGUAAACAUGUGUAAUUAUAUAUUUGUACAUAAUUAUGGUGCAGAAUGCUGAUCAGCAUCAUCCAGGCUGGGCUGAGUAUGUCACUCCUGCCUUAAACACUGGUGUUUUUCUUUUGUCACCAGACCAUACGACCAGCAAACCUGUAUCUCUUCUCAUGUGCCAAGUGUGUGAGUAAUAACAAGGGAACCACUACUAGUCUCAAUUACUCAAUGGCCUAGUCUAGAGUGGAUGUCCUUAAAGCUAAGAGAAUGUACUGUCCUUUGAAUGAUUGCAGAUUUUUAUUGUAUAGUUAAAAAAUCAUAUGGACUGCACAAGUGCAAACAAAGCCAGCUCUAUGAUGCAUUUUGUUUGUUCUUUAUUUUAUUAAUGAAGUGAUCUUAAAUCUAUAACUAAGGCUAAAAGAUCUGAAUAAAGUCUGUGUGUCUGGGCCUUUACAAACAUCCUUGUAUCUGUGCCCAAAUAUAUGAACUUAACAAUGAGGAAGAAGACAUUUUCUUAAGUAUUGCUGUUAUUAUCAAAUGUCUUAUUUCAGGGAGAGCUGUCCAACCAGCAAACUGGAGUUUGUCUAGUCAUAGUGUUUUGUCCAUUCCAGUUUGUUUCUGCCAGACAAAUAAAGAGAAGGGAAGAAUGA